AAAAGAGAGAUUGGCGGAGCAGCACUGCAGGUAAACGGCUGAUUAUUUGUCAACAGCACACGAAUGAUUCAUUCAUUACUAGAGAUUCAAUGGGAGAUGUGCUCUGAAUCAGCACAGAUGUGUGUGUAGGGAGAAAAGACUCUCCGUUUGUCACCGUUUUGUCGAAGACGCGCAUGUCCACACCAGCAGCUUCCAACAUUUCUUCUCUUUCUCCAACAUCCACGAUGAAAUGCCACAAAAGAGCUUUUGAAGAAGACCACAACAGAGACACAGAGUUUUCUACCAUGUCGGACAGCGACCCCUGUGAGGACGACAGGUACCCUCUGAACCUGAGCAUCUGUAGCAGAAGAUCCGGGGCCAUCAGUAAGCGUCGUCGGCGUGGAAACCUCCCGAAAGAAUCCGUUCAGGUUCUGAGGGACUGGCUGUACGAGCAUCGCUUCAACGCGUAUCCAUCAGAAGUGGAGAAACUGACUCUGUCGAGUCAAACCCAGUUGUCUGUAUCACAGAUCUGUAACUGGUUCAUAAACGCUCGGCGGAGACUCCUCCCGAACCUGCUCAGGAAAGAUGGCAAAGACCCAACCCAGUUUACCAUGUCACGGCGUGCCAGCAAACCAGACAAAUCCACCUCCCCUUCAUCCCUCCCAACACCCUGCCCCUCUGUCAUUUGCCCUGCCCCAGUGUUGGACUUGAGGCUUUUGGGUAACACAGCAACGGCCAUUUUGGCUGGGGCUGGUUGCUUGCCGUCAUCAGGUAAAAUAAGUCGAGAUGGAGGCGUUCAGGCUUUGAUGCAGCUGGACACACGGGGUCUUCUGAGACGAGAAGGUCUAACUGGAUAUCAGUAUGAAGAUCCUUACCUGACGACCAUUCCACCUGUUUCUACCUCUGUCCCAACCCUUGGAGCAGUAAGCCCUACUGAGGUCCUAUUCAACACGCCUCCCCCUACUCCUCCGGAGCUGUGUCCUCAAGAUUUCAGUGAUCUGAAGCUUCUAGUGGAUGUGGCAUUGCAGCGGGCAGCCGAGCAAGAGAACUGCUGGACGAAAGACCAAACAACGCAACCACAACAACCAAACAAAUCUUCAAACAAAAUUCCAAGAGUUUUCAAGAAUUGCGAUUUGGAGGCAGUCUCAACAUUCUCUUCCAGAGCAGAAAUGCCUUCCCGAGAAGAGUCCGGUGCUAUACCAGGGUUGAUGGAGAAUCCAGUAUUACCAGUUUCGGUUCCCGUAAUGACCCACUCUUUUCCAGGCCUUCCCAUUGCGCAAACUGCUCUUAACAUGGCUGGUGCUGCCAGUGUGGUCGUUGAAGUCAAGAAUGUCGUGGAAUCAGGUAGCUUUACACCGUCUCCAGUGUGGAGUGUCCAUCAUGGUGAGAUUCGACAACCUAGUCCUCCUCUGAGCGCAGUCUCUCACACAUGGGUUCCGCAGUACACGCAUAAUACGGUUACGGAAAUGGUCAACUGAUCCAUGUGGAAACUCCUUUCUGUUUUGAGUGUUUGCACCUAGAUUGGGAAAACUUCAAGUUGGAUUCGUGUUUGCUUAUUUUGGAUGGAAAAAUGGGCACUUUGGGUGAUGUAGCCUACUACAAUUUUUACGUGUCUCUCUCUCAGUCGUGUCAACCACUUCAACCAAGAUUCACUUAAGAUAAUUACGGAGUGGACACUUACCUUCGAACUGACAACACCAGGAUGUAUUUUUUCAAGAUGUUUUAACUUUUUAAACCAAACCUUUUACUUUUAACUACAUUAAACGUAUAAGUGUGUAUGAAAUGCUCUUCAAAAGUAGUCCAAAAAUUCAGACCCUGGGAAGUUUUAGACCUGGUUGACACUUCAAAAGGUAAUACAUAACUCUGAAAUCUUUCAAAUUGAUGUUUCGCAAACACCAGCAAAUCUAAACCAUGAACAUUUAAAAUGCUCUAAACUCUCGGGAGUUGUGCACAUCAUCAGGAUCACCAUUGACGACCAAGAGAUUUUGGUUAGGGUGUUUGUAGUUACUGUCGAACAAAUCUGACUCUGGGAAGUUUGAGACCAAAUGGACCCUUUCAAAAGGGAAUGUAUUACUCAGAAUUCUCACAUUUAUGUUUCACUCAUCAAGUUUAGUGUGUGCCACCACAUGCAAACACCAGCAAAUGUAAACCUUGAACAUUUUAAAUGCUCUAAACUCUCGAGAGUUGUGCACAUCAUCAUUUACCGCUGACGACUGAGAGGAUUAGGAUGUUUGUAGUUUCAGAAGUGGCCUUGUGUAUUAUACUCUCUCAGACAACAAAAACGGUCAAGAAGCUCUGUAUAUAAUUGCUCUUGCCUGUCUGCAUCAGUAUACUCAUAUGUAUCUGGCAUGUGGCAUGCUUUAUAGUUUUGAUCUGGGAAUGUUUCUGGACGACCAGCAUGCAGCGUUUAAAUAUCGGAGUCUGUUUAGGAUCUAACCAAAUGUAGGAUUUUAGAUUUAAUAGUUGGUUCCGAAUUUGUCUGAAAACUUUAUACUUGGCAGUACCACUUAAAGGCCAGGGUAUACUUAAUGUUUCCAUGUUCCGUCUCGCGCACAGCCGAGGGCUCACCCUUACAAAUUGUCUUUUGACCACGAGCCCACAUGGACAUGUUCGACGCAUGCGAACUAUGACUGCGUUAUGAUACUAUUUUAGUGCAGUUAUAGGAGUCGCGUGUGCCAACACGCAUUGUGCACAAGACCGUUUGAAAAAAUGCUAAAACCGCUGUUUAUGAAUCCUCUACCUCUCUAAAAUCUCAUCUUUGAAUGUCUUUCCCGAGUGUGUGUGCAUUCUGUCAAAUUUCCUGCACUUUAUAGUUCAAUUUGACCUCCUAGUCAUGACGUCAGAACCAUAAUGCAAUCUAUCUACCUCUGUUAGUUCCUGGAAUUACAUCUGAGAGCUUUCCUGUGUGGUGUGACAUGAGGCUGUGUCUCUCUCCAUGCAGUGAGGAGAGGUGGAUCGGCAGAAAAUUGAUCGUACUGCAGAGAGCAUCGGUCAAUGUCUCGUGUCAGAGACGAGAUGAGGUGGGGGUCGUCUCAAAGACACUGUCAAUUGAUUUCCCUCCGUUCUCAUGUAACGUGAUAUUAGACGUCUAUCUGCUGAUUUGAAUGGAUUGUGGUUUUGACAGUAGUUUUGGGUGAAUUAGAUAACUAACGUUUAAUCGUAGUAUUUAAUGCUUUCAUAAGUUCUCUGUCACAAUGUGUGUGUGAUGAAAUUUAAAGAGGGAAAGACGUUAAUGUAACGUUGUGUGUGUUUGCAAGACAUUAGUUUUAAAAGUCCAUUACAAACAUUUCAUUCGCAUCUCUAGAUUGAAGUGGUGCUUUUAUCGCCUGUAAUCUGUGAAUGUAUCUAGAUAACUAACAAAUAUAAUUUAGAAACUGAAGAUUCUUUCCGGUGAUCUCUGCUUUGGACACUAGACGACCUAGAUAUGCUAUUAUUGUAUGCUUGUAGUUUCCAUGAAACUGUAAGAACAUGUACAGAUGUCAAAAUAGCUUUUUAGUAAUGCUUUUAACUUUUUAUUAUGCAGAUUGAUGGCUGCAGAAACAUUACAUUUGGGGUCAGUUCAGAUUAUUUCAGUUUUACUCUCAGAAAUAUCCUUAAUUCUGAGAAAUUCUGCAUUCUUAUGCUGGGUAAAUUAAUGUUUCAUUGAAAGCAAUGCAGAGGUCAUGUUUUGUAGUACUCUGCACAUUUCAGGAUGAUUUGUUGUAUGUUAUUGGAUUUCAGUGCUGUCUCAGGUUGAGGUUUGUGUUUAUUGUUUUCAGCUGGCUUUUGCCCUCAUUUUACCUCCUUUUUCCUCUGAUUUGAUUUUUUAUUUUUUUUUUUUUACGUUUAAUUCCACUGAAGGAAUUCUGAAAGGUUUAUGGGUUUACAAGUCACAUUUACAGACUUAACAGGGAUAGUUGACUCAAAUGAAAAUUGUCGUCAUUUUCACACCCUUAUAUUGUAGGAACAUCAAACUGUAUAACGGAUCUAAUUUGCUUAAACUUAAGAAACCACUGUGAUCAUUCUGUUAUUUACUGGACCAGUGAUGGGUACUGGAAGUGUGUGUGUGUGUGUAUAUAUUUUGUUUUAAUACCCUCUAUUUUUUCAGUUCUUCAGAAAGAUAUUAAUAUUCCUGAAAUGGUAUUAUUGUUGUAAAAUGCGUCUUACUGAUGACAAUGUGAAACAUGUAAAUAUCCUUUUGGUUUAGCUUCUGUCUUUGGCAUAGAUCGGCUCUCAUCACAUAUAUAUGUCAAAUAUGUGUAGCUUUCUCCUAUACGACCAAAUACAUGAAGAUGGAUGUGAAUGUUUUAUUUUUUUUUUAAUUUCAUAUACAUGUAUCUAUAACUGAGGACAGUAAAACUGGCAAUUGUGCCUUACAUGCUUUAUUAGAAAACCUUUGGACUAGUCUGUGCAAUAUCUGCCUUAAACAUUUGAUGUGGAGAUUUUAUUGUAUGUCCUUUUUGUACAAACAUUACAGAGAAAUAAAAGCUUUUUCAUAUCUGAUUGUAUUCAUGUUGUGUAGAAAUGGAAGCUUAUUUUCACACAUUUCACCUGUUGGAAAUUUGUUGUACUGUAAAAUGUCUACCUGCAAAUUGGAUACUAACUCCACAUAUUUCCAAAUGUUUAGAUGAUGAAUGUUUGAACUAUAUAAUUUCAUUCUAAAUGUGCAAAAACUAAUUUAAAGUAUAACAUAGUUUGACUUCAUUUAAUCUGCCUGAGAGCUGACAUUGGGAAUCAUCUCAUCUCCACCUGAUAUUCACAAGGUUUGAUAGGAGAAUAUAGAUGGCAGUACCAGCAAAACUUUUCAGCUCAUAUAUCCCAAAGUAUGAGUCAAAGAUUUCUCAGGAGAAUGUGCAGUUUUAAAAUACGUGAUGACCUUUAGGAAUAUGUA